AUGGCGGAGGCUUCGCUCCCAGAGCAGGGGGCAGUCAUCAAGGUCACACCUUGCCCCAGUGUCCUGGAACUGGAGGAGCUCUUGAGAGCAGGGAAGGGGUCCUGCAGACGCGUGGAUGAAGUCUGGCCCAACCUUUACAUAGGAGACGCGGCCACUGCAAAUAACCGCUUUGAACUGUGGAAGCUGGGCAUCACCCACGUGCUGAAUGCUGCCCACGGGGGCCUCUACUGUCAGGGUGGCCCUGACUUCUACGGCAACAGAGUGAGCUAUCUGGGGGUGCCAGCCCACGACCUCCCCGAUUUUGACAUCAGUGCCUACUUCUCCUCUGCAGCUGACUUCAUCCACCGUGCCCUCAGCACACCUGGGGCCAAGGUCCUGGUGCACUGCGUGGUGGGGGUGAGCCGCUCCGCCACGCUGGUCCUGGCUUACCUCAUGCUACACCAGCAGCUGCCCCUGCGCGAGGCAGUGAUCACCGUGAGGGAGCACCGAUGGGUCUUCCCCAACCGAGGCUUCCUCCACCAGCUCUGCCAGUUGGACCAGAAGCUGCGGGAAGCAGGCCGGAACUGA